GACGUGUGGUCAGAAGAGAACGAGUCUCUGUUGGUGGGGGAAUAUGGGCUGCUCACUGCUCCACACCGACCUGGCGCGCCUGCUGUUCACCACUUCACUUCUUCCCACCCUCCCCAUCGCGUCACAACAGAGGACGUGCGGUCAGACGAGGACGAAUCCUUGCUCGUCGCGGAAUAUGGUCUGCUCGAUGCUGACCUGGCGCGGCUGCGCACGGCUGUGGACAGAAACGAGGCGAUUCUUAUCGAGGAUGAGGAGCUGGAGGCACUGGCGAUCGACAUUCCUGUUCCGGCUGGGCAUAAUGGAGGAGCCAUCAGUGCCGCUGCAGCAGCGCUCCCCUCGUCUUCACCCCAAUCCGACACACCUUCCUCUCCCUCCCCCCUUCCCCCCCUCCCCCAGACCUCAAACCUUGAGUUCCGGCUGGGCAUAAUGGAGGAGCCAUCGGUGUCGCUGCAGCAGCUCUUUCCCCCAUUUGCUCCUCAAUCGGACACACUUUCCUCUCCCCCCCCUUCCUCCCCUCCAACCCCUCCCACCCACCCACCAGACCUCAAGUUCCGCCUAGGCAUAAUGGAGGAGCCAUCAGUGCCGCUGCAGCAGCGUGCACAGAUGACGGUAGAGGAGGCGAAGGGCAAGGUGGGCGAGGGCGCGUCCUUCUUCGCGCGAGGCGUGCGGCUGCUCGCAGGCGACGUGGCGUACUCUGCCCGGCUCUUCUGGGUCGCUGCUACCGGCACCACACUCAAGGCCAGAGAGGUGCAAACCCUGCGUCGCACAGCAACCGACCUGCUGGUGGUGAUCCCCUUCGCCAUCAUCCUCAUCGCACCCAUCACCCCGGUGGGCCACGUGGCUGUCUUCGGCUUCCUCCAGCGCUACUUCCCGGGCUUCUUCCCCUCCGCCUUCUCCUCUCGCCGGCAAGAGGUGAUGGUUCGUUAUGAGAACCUCAAGCUACAGAUGGCUACAGCAUCGGGAUCUGAGAAGGAGAAAGUUCAAGCCAUGGCUGCCGCAGCGGCCACUGAGACCUUCGAAGCUUCUGAGGAAGAUUCCGCAGGAGGCGGAGGGAUGGGGAUGCACGGGGGAGUGGGAGGAGGUUCAGGGGGAGGAGGCAUGGGGAUGGGGAUGGGUGGGUUUGCAUUCGGGCUUGGGUUUGGGAGAGGGGAGAACGUCGGCGGGCAAUCGUCGAGAAUUUGGAGAGACGAGCGGGCGAAGCUGCUGCUGCUGCAGGAGAAGCUUCCGGGAAUCUCCCGCCUGGUGUCGAGCUUGAGAGAAGCAGAUGGGAGGAGAGAUGGGGAGGCAGGGGAGAAGGCGGAGGGGGGACUGGCUUCAUCCCUGCAAGCCUUGGCGUCACCUCUCUUGUCAUCUUCUGGUGUUACACCCUCGCCGCCCCCCCCGUCAUCACCUACUUCUGCCUCUUCCUCUGAAGCCGGAGUGACUGCUGCUGCUGCUGCUGCUGCUGCUGCUGCUGCUGCUGCUGCUGCUGCUGCCGUUGCUGAUAUCACUGCUCCUGCAGCGGCUGCUGCUGAAUCUGCGGCUGCUCUAGAGUCACCCUUGAAGCAAGAAGAGCCAAGCAUCAGCGAACUGCCUCAGGAGAAAAUCCGGUAG